AUGAUUGAGGUGAUCCUCAACGAUCGCCUGGGCAAGAAGGUGCGCAUCAAGUGCAACGAGGAUGACACCAUAGGGGACCUCAAAAAGCUGGUGGCGGCGCAGACGGGCACGCGCCCCGAGAAAAUCCGCAUCCAGAAAUGGUACACCGUCUACAAGGACCACAUCACCCUCUCAGACUAUGAGAUCCACGACGGCAUGGGCCUGGAGCUCUACUACAACUGA